AUGCAGUCAAAAUCACAUCGGUACGAGGCGACAUCAGCUCGCGACAUAGACACAGAUGAAAUCGAGUUGAGUUCUACCAGAGAAUCGUCUCGCAAGGGCAAAUAUGUCCGACAUGCAACCUUUUCUACCCACGGAUGGGGUUUGGAACUCCUGACGUCUUUCACGACCCUCGUUUUGUUUGCCGGAAUGGUUGCGAUAUUCUGUAGCAUGCGCGACAAGCCUUACUCCGAAUGGCCUCUUUCAAUUUCCAUAAGCACCACCAUCGCCAUCUUGUCGACAGGUUGCACAGCUGCCAUGAUGCAUAACAUCAGCGCUUUUAUCGGGCAGCUUAAGUGGCUUUACUUCAAGCGAUCUUCGCAGACCGUGUAUAACGUUGAAAGGUUUGACGAGGCCAGUCGAGGUCCACUUGGAGCGAUUCUUCUCAUCUUCAAAGUUCCUUGGAAUCUGGCAACGUUGGGAGCUUUUAUAACGAUACUCCGUCUGGGCUUCUCUCCUCUUUCUCAGGCCGUGGUUAGCCUAGAACCAAGGGUGGUGGAUGUCCCAAGUAAUGAUGCGACCUUUGGAUAUGCGCACGCAUAUGAUAGAAACAUGACAACCGGUUUUCAGUCCCAAAUACCGCCGGACACACAGAUGCAAUCCGCUAUCCUGCAAGGCCUUUACGACAUAAGUUCCAUCCCAGUAUUCAAGUGCGGUGGCGCCUGUCUCUGGAGAGACUCUUAUAUAUCCUUGGGUUUCAAGAGCACAUGCAAGAAUGUCACCAUGUCGGCGUUGGAAACAAAACACUGCACGCAAUUCGAUCGUAAUUGCAACUUCACAACACCAGGAAACAUUACCCUUACGACUCAGCAUGUACUGACCGACUCUCAAACCACUUUUAGAAUCAACGCGACACGUACUCAUUUCGAUUACCAUGAGAAUAUCGCCACAUCACUGGACGACAUCGUGAGAAUCGCGGUCUGGAGGUCAGGCCAUGAUGACAACUACAUGGCUACUGAUGUCAAUAUCACGGAAUGCACCGUGGGAUUUACCGCCUAUGAGUACCCAAGGGCCGAAGCAAACGGUAACACCUUUUUCUUCGAGAAGAUCUCUGAAAUUGACAUUCCGCACGCCAAUUUGUCCUGGGAUGUUCUCCUGCAACGGGGCUAUCUUCUGAGCAACAAAACCUCCAAACUACCUCCGUUCAGGAUAUCCUUCAUCGACAUAAGGGCCCUGGAAGCAUUUUUCGAGUCCACGACGUUUCAAUCUGAAUUCGUGAGUGGAAACGCAAAGAACAAUAACCCUGGGCUCAGUGCCGCCCUGGAUGGAGAUACUAAUCUCACGCGUGCUUUCGACAAUAUGGCGCGGGGUAUGACGGACUAUCUACGCUCAGGACCAAACCAGAAAUUGGCUAAAGGAGUUCGGAGAGAAAGCCAGAUCUUUGUAUUCAUCCGGUGGUACUGGUUGAUUGGCCCUGCGGUGCUGGAGCUUGCUGCGUUGAUAUUUGCCGUGUUUACUAUAGUGGGCACUGCGAGAAAGCAUGAGGUACCGCUGUGGAAGUCUUCGGCCCUUGCGCUAUUGAGCUGCCGGCAUGAUAUAGACUCGGGUGUAAUUCAUGGAGAAUUUCAGGACGUCAAAGAGUUGGAGAACAUGGCAAAGGCGUCAAAGGCACGACUAGAGUAG